GUGCUUGCACAUGCAACUCUAACAUCGAAGAGUUAUGUAUCUUUCAUGAAUGAGCCCUACACUGCAGUGUCUGUGUACAUCCUGGAAAAAACGAUAAACAUUCUCAUUUGAAGUGGUCUAAUUUUGUCCAGAGGGACAUCAGACGUGACAAUGUGGCGCCUUGUGGCUCGCAGGAGCUUGCAUGUCUUAACCCAGCAGCAAUGGAGACGCAUGGUUACAGUACAGACUCAAGGGACCUCACCCCGUGGCCUUAUGAGUGCCGUGGUCGGUGGUACAGCCGGCAUUUUGAUUGGUGGAUUUAUUUGGGAAAAAACAUUGAGAGCUAGCAGUAGCUCAGUUCAAGCACAAGACAAGGAGGAAGAGAAGGGCAGUGAUGAAGAAGGAGGAGGAGAAGAAGAAGAACAACAGGAUGGAAAGAAGAGACGAAAAGGUCCUGGCUUCAGAGAUAGGAGGAUCAUUGAGUACGAGAACCGCAUCAGGGCAUACUCCACUCCGGACAAGAUCUUCCGAUACUUUGCGACGCUCAAGGUCUACAACGAGGAUGAGGUUUACAUGACCCCUGCCGAUUUCAUCAGGUCAAUCACACCGGAUGAGAAGCAACCAGAUGGUCGCGGUCUGGACCAGUUUAAAAAGAUUGAUCCUAAGAAAUACAAACCGGAUGAUUUCCAAGGUCUUGGAGAAGACAGUAUUUUCAGAUUACUUGGACAGUGUGGUCUUAUCUCCUUUGCUGACUACAUGUUUCUACUUACAGUCUUAUCAACUCCGGAACGUCAUUUUGAAAUUGCUUUCAGACUCUUUGAUCUGAACGGAGAUGGCCAUGUUUCUUGCGAUGAAUUUACUCAGGUAACCAAUGUGAUGAGAUCACAGACGGCUACGGGGAAGAGACAUAGAGACAGGAAGACGACCGGCAACACGUUGGAUAAACCGUUCAACAGCUCCCUCACGACAUUCUUCUUUGGAGCCGACUUUAGCCGAAAGCUGACCUUUGAAGAGUUCAAUGAGUUCCAGCGCAAACUGAGGCUGGAUCUUCUCAAGCUUGAGUUUGAACGUUACCACCCUGAAGAUGGUCGUAUCACCGAGAAGAGCCUGGGUAAGCUUCUCCUGGUGUACGCCAACCUGCCCAAGCAAAGGACGUCUCGUAUGCUGAGAAGGGUCAAAAAGAAAUAUGAAGAGGACGUACAGGGUGUGACAUUUGAAGAAUUUGAAGCACUGCAAGCUUUCUUGAGAAAUAUCAGUGAUGUGGACACAGCCCUGUCGUUCUAUCAUGUAGCUGGUGCAGCCAUUGAUCCAGAAACGUUCAAGCAUGUUGCUAAGAUGGUAGCCAAUGUAGACCUGUCGGAUAGAGUGAUUGGAAUCUGCUUCACAUUGUUUGAUGAAAAUGAUGAUGGUAAACUGAGUAACAAGGAGUUUGUUUCUGUGAUGAAGCACCGCGUCCAGCGUGGUCUGGACAAACCCAAGGAGCUAGGUCUUAGCAGGAUACUAGCCGCUAUGUGGAAAUGCGCCAGGAAGACGCAGAUCAUGGGCAAAGGGGAGGAUGACGUCACCCUCAAGCGAAGCAUCGCCAGAGCAAAGCUCUACUCCACGGUCUGAAAUAGUGACAAUCAUCGAGAACGAUAGCGGUGAUUUUGUGAUGAUGGUAGCGAUGGAGGGAGGACUUUAAUCAUGGUUGAUAUGAGCACAUCUAGGAAGAAAGGAGUACUUAACUAUAUCUGCUAGCUCAACGUUCAAUGUAGAUGACAGCAUGCUUGUUUGAAACAGUGAGGGACAAGCGCAUGGAUUGCUGCAGUACUAUGCCAACAAGACAGAUGGAUCACAGCUCACAAAUAUUAUUUAGCAGCUGCCAAUUUGGUGCUCAGCUAGAUGGUAUAGGUACUGCAGUCUCAUAGUAAAAAAAGGAGAUGUAGAAAGUAGGCCAAGAGUCUUGUAGAGCUUUUUUUUUUUUUUAAACCCGGAGCGCAACUGUAUUAAAUUGUCUAUACCUUGAUGUAUGGUUAAUUAGAACGUGCGCCAUGACAGUAGAGACAUUUUAUACACUUUGCAUAGAUUACGUAAUCCAAACCUUUGUUUAGGCAGGUCAGGAAGAUGGCUAAAAUAUCAGUUAUAACACAAGGUUAAAUUGAUUCUCAUACCAUAAUUUGUUCUCUACUAAAGAUAUAUUUAUCCUUUCAUUUGAGGCAGUCUAAUGUUUGAUUCCUGUUUCUAAAAGUAUGUUUCGCUUUCAAAAUAUCGAACUACUUGAUAUUUUAUCAUCAAUAGAGCAAAUGGUGAAUGGUUUGCGCUCAAGAAAAGGAGUAAACAUUAAUCUUUGUUGUAUAGUCAUAUGAAGGUUGGAUAGUGCAAGAAAACAGUAGUAUUGGAAUGAUACAUAGUAUAGCUUUGAGUUUCAAAUUUGUUAAUGAAAAUUGUUUAGUUAUAUAGUCAUAUGCAAGUUGGUUGGUGCAAGAAACUAAUUAUAUACUUCAUGAAAGAGUUUAUUAAUAAUUAUUUACUAUUUAAAUGAUACAUGUACAUAGUUUAGCUUUAAUCUUCAAAUUUGUAAUGACAAUUGUGAAGUCUGUAAAGGAAAACUUAUUUCCCCCUCAUUUUUCUUUAUCCUCUUGGGACUCAUUACAUAUGUAUUAUAAUAUUUCAUUGGUUGAUGCAUGUUUCAUGGGACUAGUAUUACCUAACAGUACAUAGAGUGUACAUGUAUGUGUACAUGUACAUGUAAUAAAUUAAAUUCAAGGAUGAAGUACUAAUUUAAAGCUGUGGACAUGAUAACAUAAAUAUAUUACAUGGCUCAAGAAUUUGAUGUUUGGAGUGUGCAUCUUUUACACUUCAUGAAUAUUUUUUAGUGUUAUAUUGAUAAUAUAUUUCUGCUUGUAAACUUUUUUAUUUUGUUAACCCCCCCCCCCACCACAUGUCACUGAUUCAAUACUCAUAUUAGACAUGUAUACUACAGAUGAGGGAUGUCAGAUUUAUCUAGAAUAGGUUUUGAGCACCAAAAUUACCCAAUGUUUUUAGAGUUAGUGGCCCAAAUUCACAAAGGAGAUUUGUAGACAAACCUAGGUUUAUGUGCAUCUUUUGACGCGUUUCAGACUAAGGAUUGUCUGAACCUUGGUCUGAAACCCAUCUAAACACGUCAUAUGGCGCACAUAAACCUAGGUUUAUCAACAAACCUCCUUUGCGAAUUCGGGUCAACAAAUUUGUUACAAGGUAUAACAUGUCUUUAUACCAUUCAUUAUGUUACACGAUUCAUUUUUUUUUAUAUACCGAUAGAAAUAUUCCCUACCUGCUGCAAGCCCAACAAUGAAGGAAACAGAACUGUUAUUUGUUGUGAUAGUAGUAGAAGUAUUGAACAAAUUAUGUCUUUGAUUUAAAAACAUGCAGUCAUGCAAGAAACAUAAUUCAAUUACCAAAAAUAAUGUUCAUAUACCAUGCUAAUUGCCAUUCACAUGCUUUUAUUAAUUCAUAGCAAACAAUUAAACAAUAAUUUAAUGCGAAAAUUGACAUGUUUCACAUGUUUCUCUAAAAGAGUCCUUGCAUUGUUGAUAUACAGGCCUACAACAUAAAUAAAGCACAUUGUUCAUCAUACAAGGACUAAAAUAAAACACAAAGCAAUUAGGGGUACAUUGAAUUAUUGCAUGCAAAAUAAAAUAGUUGACAAUGAAGUACAUCUACUACAUGCUGUAGGUCAUCAUUAAGUUUCAUUAAAUAUGCCGAAUCAGCAAAUGAAAAAUUAGUUUCUGUACCUCAAACCUACGUACAUGUAGUGCAGUGUACAUGUAUGCAUCAAUUAUAUCGAUAAAAUAACAAGCAUACAUAAAAUUACUGUAAGCAAAUGCACACCCUGACCAAUAUAUCGGUAAAAAGUUUGAAGAAUCCUACUAUCAAAGAAAAGUCAUUUUUCAUACAAAGAUACGAGUACAACAGGCUUACUUACUUUGCUCAUAAAUACUGAUAAUUAGAUAUAUGUAGUACAGGUCCAAAGUCCAGUGGAUACUUAUGUGUGGAAUACCAAACUUUGAUAAAUACGAAAUUCCAUUAAAAAGAAAAGGCUUAUAGCAUCAUUUAUGAAGCUUGUAUUGACAAAGUGAAAUGUUAAAGAUUUUAUACAAAGAAUUUUUGCCUAAAGCAAUAACUAUUUUAUUAAUGGUACAGGUAAUCUCAAGUUCAUGCAUGUGAGAAACUAAAUGUUCAUAGAAGCAAAAAGAAUUUUCACUGAAACUUAAAGACAAUUUAGUGUAUAAUGAGUGAAUGAAUUUUCACAAGGAAAUUGAGCUUUUGCCGAAUAGGUACAAUGACCAGCUUGAUCCCAUUUUCUCGUAACUUUGUUGACAUUUUACUAACCUAAAUAUUCCCAUCUAAUGCUUGAUAUUAAAAAAAUUCAAAUUCAUCUUAGAUUAGAGUAGCUUAUUUUUCAUUAGAGUACUGGGUUGUUUCAUAAAGACUAAGAUCGACUUUAAGUUGGACUUAAUAACUACGGCAGGCUGUUCAUGCCACUAUUUGCUCUCGCAAGUUACUGGCAUUGUGAUCAUAAUUCGUGGUCACAAAUCUUUUUGAUAGUUCAUUAUUGAAAAAAAUAUUAUCUAAAGAUCAUAAUUGAGAGACCAAUUGUAAGAGCAACCAGUGGCAUGAAUGGCCUUCCAUAGUCGAGUCCAACUUAAAGUUGAUCUUAGUCUUUGAGAAACACUCCUGCAGAUUAGCUUUAAAUCUGUGACAAAGCAUGCAAGAAAUAAGGGAGUUGCACUCCAUGCAAGCUUCAUCUAGUAAAUAUAAUUUAUAAAGCAAUGGGAACGAUCCACAUUGGAUCUAAGGGUUUCAAAACUACAACACUGAUGGAGCAUUUGCACUGUCAUGCAAUACAUGUACAUCACAAGGAUGACUAGUACAUUAAAAACCCUUAAUUGCAAUAUAAUUAUGUAUGUGAUGUAUCAUUUCAUUAAUUUUUAGGCCUUGUUCAGAUAUGACAUGAGAAAACUGCUGCGUUUUUUAAAACGAUGACGUAUAGUGUAAUACACCUCACAUUUCUGUAUCUUAGAACACAGAGCUCAGUGAAUACGCGCAUGACCUUUGUUGCACGUGGAUGCCAUUUAUUUGCAUGUUAAACUACCCACAGCAGUUUUUUUGCGGCGGUUUACAGUAUCAUAUCUGAACAAGCCUUUAGUCUUUCGUGAAAAACUAUCACCUGCUGAUGAUCAUAGAAGUAUUUAAAGUAUGAAGUAGGAUUAUAGAAUGUAAAAUUAAAACAUUUAGGUACCGGUAGAUAUAUUUAUGAGAGGGAAUGGGAUGUUUCUUAUAUAUAAUUCUUUUUAAAUUGCUCUGUGGACAUUACAUUUAAUGUUCGAUUACCAUGUUCUUUUCAAUAUUUAUUAGUUAUUAUUGUACGAUAAAAUUAUGAAUAAAUUGCGAAUGAAAGCAUUUCAUCAUAAAA